AUGGUUGGUGUACCAGGACGGUCCAAAGCGUGCAAGACAUGCAAGCAACGCAAAGUCGCUUGUAGCCUCGAGAGACCAAUCUGCAAAGUCUGCACCAAAUCGAACCGAGAGUGCGGAGGAUAUCAACGUGAAAGAAUAUUUAUCUUGGAUGCCAGAACGCAGAAGGAUGCUCAAGCUACCCCUCCAAAAGUCUGCGCCCCAACACCGCCCCAGAAGCACGUGCCUAUACCCAAUAAACAAGCAGAACGAAAGCCACCAGAUCUCCAAGGCACGAUAUCUCUCAAGAACGCAUAUAUAUCCCUCUGGACCCUCCAAAGUCCUACGGCUAGAGCCCUUUACCGCGAGCAAAUUAUUUCCGAAUUCCUAUACUCCUAUCUUCCAAAUGGGUCCACCGCAAAUUGGCUCUAUAUGCUACCUUCGCAUCCCCAUUUCACUGCUGCACUCGAAGCAUCUUCUCUCGCCGUCUGCACUGCUCAUCUUGGGCACAUCAACUCAUCUCCAACUUUGACUCAAGAAAGCUUGAAGUUUUAUGUCCAAGCACUAUGGGAGCUCCAGAAAGCACUCUGGAGCGAUGACCUCAUGUACAGAGAUGAGACCUUAGCAGCUUGCAUGCUUCUCAUUAUGUACGAGGUCACUGAGUGUCCGGAUAAGACAAUUGGAGCAUGGCAGGGACAUAUGGCGGGUUGCUCGAAGCUCUUUGAGACGCGAGGACCUGAUUCAUUCAAUGAAGAAUUUGGGCACAAACUUUUCAUGACUUUCAGACAGCUUGAGAUCCAACAAGCGAUCGUCAUGAAACGGGAUACUUUCCUCGCAUCUGCCGAGUGGAGGGAGAAGCCUUGGAAAUCACGACCUAAACCGAUCACACAACAACUGCUAGACGUCGAAAGUGAAGUAGCAGCAGGAAUUGCAAAUGUAUAUGCAAAUCCUCCAAGCGAGUCUCCAGAGAAGUUCGUUAUGGUGUUACUAGAAACCCUAGAAAAGUCUUGGGUCCUCGAUGCUCGACUCAGUGCCUUCCACGCACGCUUCGAAGCCCAAGCCGACGGACCACUAUACUGGUCAACUCUCUCUAAAGGCUUCGGCAACAAUAGCCCCAAAGAACAAACCCAAAUUUCGAUUUUUCCAGUCGCCUUCCAAUUCCCGAAUUUAACCACGGCGCACACUUGCAUGCUCUACUGGGCACUAACAUCCAUCCUGUGGUCCGGCAUGGCGAAGAUCUACGAGCUCCUCACGGCCAUGCAAACUGAAGCCCAGCUUCAAGGCUCAACUACAAUCUCCUCCUUCAUGCCAAUUGCCUCUCCCGACUCUGACCACUCCGGCCACGCCUCGCCCGAUCCCGCAAGUCCCGCCCUCUCUGCAAUCGACCUCGACCUCUCGCUUUUCGCUCGUCUACCGCCUCUCGAACAUCGAGCAGAUCUUACGCAGCCAGCAAAGAACAUUUGCCAGUCGCUAGAAUAUUGUAUGUCGUCGAAACAAGGCACAGUUGCGGCCGCGGCGGCUGUCUUCCCGUUGAAAGUUGCGAUUGAGGCGCUAUGUGAGAGUGGCUGUAUGAAAGAGAUGGAGUGGGCGAAAGACGUUUUUGAGAUGAUCAGUGGGAGAGGGGUGGAGCUGUUGAAGCAUUUGGAGCACAAACUUGAGAAGAGAGCUUACUUACCUGGAUGA